CAAAGGCCCAAUAAACUCGACUGCAGUCCAACAAGAUCAACAAAGAGAGCCCAUAAUUAACCCACCCACCGCCUCUUUCUUCUAAAACCCAAUCGUUCUUCCGGCAGGGUUUUACAAAAAUCAGUAAAAAAUUUGAUUUUAUCGAUUUCAUUCAAUCCUCGGAAACUAACACAAUGGGGAAAGCGAAGAAAGCCCCCAAAUUCGCUGUAAUGAAGAAGAUGGUGACCGCCAAAGCUAUCAAGCACCACAAAGAAGAGGUCUUGAACCCGAACAAGAAAGACUUGACCAAAGAGAAACUACCCAGAAAUGUUCCAAAUGUUUCCUCUGCGCUUUUCUUCACGCAUAACACUGCAUUGGGUCCACCAUAUAGGGUUUUGGUUGAUACCAAUUUCAUCAACUUUUCCAUUCAAAAUAAGUUGGAUUUGGAGAAAGGAAUGAUGGACUGCUUGUACGCCAAAUGUACUCCUUGUAUUACAGACUGCGUGAUGGCUGAGCUUGAGAAAUUGGGUCAAAAAUAUCGUGUUGCGUUAAGAAUUGCAAAGGAUCCUCGUUUCGAAAGGCUUCCCUGUACACAUAAAGGAACCUAUGCUGAUGAUUGCAUAGUAGAUAGGGUAACACAGCAUAAAUGCUACCUGGUUGCAACAUGUGAUCGAGAUUUAAAGCGAAGGAUACGAAAGAUCCCUGGUGUACCAAUCAUGUAUAUUACGCAGCACAAGUACUCUAUUGAGCGGUUGCCUGAAGCUACAAUUGGUGGAGCCCCAAGAAUGUGAGUAAAGGCCACUGCUGGAUACUUUGUCUUGGAGGAACUUAAACUUGCUGAUGCCCCUUUUUGAGGCGAUUCCAUUUUUGGCUGAUAAUUUAAUUAGUCUUUUGCCAGAAAUUUGUUGUAAUGUUUCUGUUUUAUUAACAUGAACUAGUGUUAUACUGUUAUUAUUCAUGAUGCAAAGCUUGUGAAUAACUUGUCUGACAGUUUAGAUUAGGUGAUCUCGUCCCAUUCUCAUGCGCUAUUCGCUUCCUAUGGUUCGUGC